AUGUUCGCUCGAUCUGCAUUCCGCGCUGCUCAGCCCUUGAGGUCUGUUCGACGAUAUGCCACCGAGGCCGGAGGCGCUGGCGGCCCAAACCCUCUCCUCUUCGUCGGAGCUGCUGCUGCUGUUGGCGGUGCUGGAUACUGGUACUUCAGUAAGAGCGGAGCUCCCUCUGCUGCCGCUGCUGCCGAGGACGUGAAGCAGGCUGUUGGCAUUGAGCCUAAGAAGGCCUUCACUGGUGGCGACCAGGGCUUCCUCUCUCUCAAGCUCUCUGAUGUCGAGAUUGUCAACCACAACACCAAGCGUCUGCGCUUCGAGCUCCCUGAGUCCGACCAGGUCUCGGGUCUGCAAGUUGCCAGCGCCCUUCUUACAAAGUACAAGGGUCCCGACGACGAGAAGGCCACUCUCCGACCCUACACCCCCAUCAGUGACGAGAGCGAGAAGGGUUUCCUCGACUUGCUUGUUAAGAAGUACCCCGAUGGUCCCAUGAGCACACACAUCCACAACCUUGUUCCCGGUCAGCGACUCGACAUCAAGGGACCUCUCCCCAAGUACUCCUGGGAGGAGAACAAGCACGAUCACAUCGCCCUCAUUGCCGGCGGUACCGGAAUCACCCCCAUGUACCAGCUCGCCCGUGCCAUCUUCAACAACCCCAACGACAAGACCAAGGUCACACUCGUCUUCGGCAACGUUUCCGAGCAAGACAUCCUCCUCAAGAAGGAGUUCGAGCACCUCGAGAACACCUACCCCCAGCGUUUCCGCGCUUUCUACGUCCUCGACAACCCCCCCAAGGAGUGGGUCGGCAACAAGGGAUACAUCUCCAAGGACCUCCUCAAGACUGUUCUUCCUGAGCCCAAGAACGAGAACAUCAAGCUUUUCGUCUGCGGUCCUCCCGGUCUGAUGAAGGCCAUCUCUGGAAACAAGGUCAGCCCCAAGAACCAGGGUGAGCUGACCGGUGCUCUCAAGGACCUCGGCUACAAGGAGGAUCAGGUGUACAAGUUCUAA